AUGUUGUACGAAUUGAUUGCGAUUGUGUGUGAAUUUGGUAAUCCGUUCUCUGUUCUGUGCGAAUGUGCUAAGUUCUUUCAGGUCCGUCCGGGCAGUCUCCACGAGGUCCGAGACAUCGCCCGUAAUGCUGGUCUCCAGGUCCUCCGGUCAGGCGGUGUGAUCCGUGGAUACAACAACUGGGGUACAUUCAAACUGCCCAAGCCGACUACGAAACAUCAAGCCCGGUACACCGAAGGGCACCACUUUAUCAUGCGCUUCGAUGCUUCCGGACCGGUACAAAUGUCGGUGCGAAGAACGCUCGGCCUUGAUCCCCGGAUGAUUCGGUUCUCGGUGGUGAAGGUGGGCGACAAACUGGAAGAGAUCAAGGAUGUGGAGGGCAAGAUCGAGUGGAACAAAACCCGGAACAUCAGUGAAUCGAUUUAA